AUGGAAUCAAAAACCUGCGCUGAAAUAGAUGUUGAAAAAUGUUCCCAAAUUGCAGAAGGGAAAACGAAGCAAAUCUUGGAGGUUCCCGGAACAAAUUUAGUGGUCAUCCGGAGCAAAGAUCAGAUAACGGCUUUCAACGCCUUGCGAAAGCAUGACUUGACUGGCAAAGCGAUGCUGAGUAAUCUAACGACGUGCAAAGUUUUUCAGUUUCUUAACUCUUUGGGUGUGCGUACUCACUUCGUCAAGCAAAUGAGUGAUAAGGAGUUCUUGGCGAAGCGGUGCGUAAUGAUACCUCUGGAAUGGGUGGCUCGAAGAGUUGCCACCGGAAGUUUUCUUAAACGUAAUCCCAGUGUCAAACAAGGAUAUCGAUUCAAUCCACCCAAAAUCGAAAUAUUCUACAAGGACGAUGAGAAAGGAGAUCCGGAAUGGAGUAAAGAAACUCUUGAAGAAUCUGGUUUGACCGCAAGCGGGAUCCACAUUGGCAAACGCGAAAUCGAGUUGAUGAGCCAUGUCACACGUACUAUUUUCGAGGUGCUUGAAACGGCUUGGCUCGCCCAAGGGUGUUCGCUGAUUGACAUGAAGGUCGAGUUUGGAGUAGACCCUGAAUCAGGUGACAUAAUUUUGGCAGAUGUGAUCGACAACGAUAGUUGGCGAUUGUGGCCAGGAGGAGACAAACGGCUUCAGGUAGACAAACAGUAUUAUCGUGAUUUGCCUGAGGUAACGCCCGAAAACUUGGAGCAGCUAAAGAAGAAUUUUUCUUGGGUUGUCGAGAAGUUAGAUAAAUUUGUACAGGCACCGUGUGGUCGAGUGGUAGUCGUGAUGGGAUCUGCAAGUGACUACAGUUUUUGCAAAAAGAUCGAAUCUCAUUGCAAGCAUUACGGUAUUCCCUGUAUAUUGCGCGUUUCCUCAGCGCACAAAAGCACUGAAGAAACGCUGAAACUUAUUAGCGAAUAUGAAGGAGACCAUGUUUCUACGGUGUUUAUCGCAGUUGCGGGUAAAAGUAAUGGAUUAGGACCGGUUUUAGCCGGCAAUACCUGCUUCCCGGUCAUCAACUGUCCCCCUAAAGUGGAAGAAGUGUUUUCGCCUAAUAUUUGGUCUUCCUUGAGUUUGCCUUCUGGUUUGGGAUGUUGUACGGUUUGUUCUCCAGAAGCAAGCGUCAUGUGUGCUGCAAGCAUCUUGGCAUUGCAAGAUUUUACCCUCAAGUGCCGUAUGAAAAUGAAAACGCUGCUUAACUACAUUUCAACCAUGAAACAAGACAAGCAUCUAGAAGAAUAUGGCAAAGUUUGA